AUGGCCAGAUCUGUUUACCAGAGCAUCCUCUAUGGAGAAAAGAGCAAGCAGAUUCAAUCGGAUACUUCAGUAACUCCUGGAGCACAUUUUCAGGCAUUAAUCAGAUCCAUCACGAGAGCCUACUAUAGGAAUUCCGUCGGUGGCUUGCUCCUCUUUGACAUUACCAACCGCAGGUCCUUCCAGAAUGUCCACGAGUGGCUGGAGGAGACCAAGGCCCACGUCCAGCCUUAUCAGAUUGUCUUUGUUUUAGUGGGCCACAAAUGUGACCUGGACACACAGCGGCAAGUCACCCGACAUGAGGCCGAGAAACUGGCCCUCGCCUACGACAUGAAGUACAUUGAGACCUCGGCCCGGGAUGCCAUCAAUGUGGAGAAGGCCUUCACUGACCUGACUCGAGACAUCUAUGAACUUGUGAAAAGGGGGGAGAUAAGCAUCCAGGAGGGCUGGGAAGGGGUCAAGAGUGGCUUUGUCCCCAACGUAGUGCAUUCUUCGGAAGAAGUGGUGAAGUCAGAUAGGAGGUGCCUGUGCUAA